UGGGGGGCAGCGGGGCGGGGCGCUCAGGCCGAGGCUGGAGGGGGGCCUGUGUGCUGGUGGCCGCCCUAGUCUGGCUGGGCUUCCUGCCGGUGCAUGCCCAGUCCAGAUCCCACACACCGUCUUCAUUGGAAGGAUGGCCAGGCCCAGGAGCGUUGGGCAGAGAGAUGGUCUGAGGAGGGAGGGCACAAACCUUCAUCAGUGGUCCUGAGCUGUCUGGUGGCUUCUGGAAACCUUCUGGCACUGCACGUUCACACAGGCCUGUGCUCCUUAAGUAAUAAGGCUGGGAAGAGCCUGACCCCUUGCCCCCUCUGCCAUCUCCCCUGGAGUUGCUGUGGGCUGCUGUUCUCUCUCCCCCUCAUCCAGUGGGGCUUUGUCACAGGGGCCUUGGAGAUUUCCCAGGUGCGAAGUGAGAGGAGGGCUGGGGUUGUCUCCACAGAUUGUGGGAAAAGUGCAGCCAUCGGAGGGUCCCAGGGGAAGAUCUUUGGUGGCCAGAAGGCAGGGCCUGAACGGUGGCCAUGGCAGGCCAGUCUGCUCUACGAGGGCAGGCACAUCUGUGGAGCCGCCCUCAUUGACAGCAAUUGGGUCGCCUCCGCAGCCCACUGCUUCCAAAGGUCCUCUAACCCAUCUGACUACCGGAUCCUGCUUGGGUACAACCAGCUAAGCCGUCCCACAGAGCACAGCCGGCAGAUGACCGUGAAGAAGGUCAUUGUCCACAAAGGCUUUGACAAGCGCCACCGCAUGUCAGACGACAUCACCCUACUGCAGCUACACCGGUCUGUUGAUUUUUCCCCUCAUAUCCGCCCCGUCUGCCUCCCAGAGUCCAACAUGAAAAUGCCAGAGGAGACAUCUUGCUGGAUAACUGGCUGGGGCAUGAUUACCGAGGACAGUGAGUGGCACAGGGCAAGUGACCAACUGCAGGAAGGAGAGGUUGGCCUCAUACCGAAUGAGUUCUGUAAAAACUAUUUCCCAUCUGAAGAUUCCAGCAGCAGCUCUAGCAGAGCCUAUGGUAUCCGUGACGAUAAUGUGUGUGCUGCGGACCUUAUUAAUGGCAAGUCCAUCUGCCGUGGAGAUUCCGGGGGCCCCCUCGUCUGCUGGCUGAAUAGCACCUGGUUCCUGGUGGGGCUGUCCAGCUGGAGCCUGGACUGCCGCAUUCCCAUCAGUCCCAGCGUCUUCGCCAAGCUCACCUACUUUGCCAACUGGAUCAAAGAGAACAAGGUGAACACACCAGAGCCCGAAAAUGCCCCGACUCCUCCUGAGGAGAAGCCCCCAGCCCUGGGCGGCAACCUGUCUUCUCUGGGCACCGUCCACAGGCCUGGGGUCUGCAUGGCCCUGGUGUCCUCACAGACCUUGCUCCUGCUGCUGGGUUUCCUCAGAAGCCUGUGACAUGUUUCCACCUCUGGGCUCUCCUGUCCUUCUGAGGCUGUCCCUGUCCAAGGCUGAGAAAAUAAAAACAACCAAAGGAG